AUGAGUAGCUCUGGUGGUGGCCUCCAGGAUGAUAUCCUGGCCAAGGCCCACGUUCCCUCCGCUACCUUCCAGGGCACGGAGAAGGAACUCCAGGCCGGCCGCGGCUCGUUCGACGUGACCGCUGUCCCUCAUCGCAUUCAGUCUAACAACGAUGAUGUGUAUGACUCCAAAUCCGACGAUGAGGAUCACUACCCGGACAAGCCCACCGAGGAGGAACUCCAAACUCUGCGCCGUGUCUCCGGCCCCAUCAACUGGAGCAUGUACACCAUUGCCUUCGCUGAAUUGUGCGAGCGUUUCUCCUACUACGGUUCUGCCGUCCUGUACACCAACUUCGUCAUGCGUCCCCUGCCCGAAGGCUCCAAGACCGGUGCCACUUACAGCAACGACAACCGUACCCCCGGUGCCCUCAACAUGGGCCAGAAGGCCUCCCAGGGUGUCUCCCUCGUGAACCAGUUCUGGGCCUACCUCACUCCUCUGUUCGGUGCCUGGUUGGCCGAUGCCAAGUACGGCCGUUACACUGUCAUUCACAUCGCCAUUGUCGUCUCUACCGUUGCCCACGUCAUCCUGACCAUCGCCGCCGCGCCCCAGGUCCUCGAGAAGGGCAAGACGGCUUUCGCCCCCUUCUUCAUCGGCCUGUUCACCCUUUGCACCGGUACCGGUCUCUUCAAGGCCAACAUCUCCCCCAUGCUGGCUGAGCAGAACCAGGACGCUCGCAUGCACGUCAUCGUCGAGAAGGGCGAGCGCGUCAUCGUCGACCCUGCCGUCACCAACACCCGUAUCUUCCUGUGGUUCUACUUCGCCAUCAACGUCGGUGCCACGGCCGGCCAGAUCUCCAUGGUCUUCGUCGAGAAAUACCACAGCUUCUGGCUGGCUUUCUUGCUGCCCACCAUCCUCUUCAUCAUCUGCCCCUUCGUCCUCUACUUCAACAAGAAGAGAUACCACCUCACUCCCCCCACCGGCUCCGUCCUCGAGAAGUUCCUCCGCAUGUCCAACUUCGCCCGCAAGCGCUCCAGCAGCAUCUUCAAGAUCAACUGGGACUCCGCCAAGCCCAGCGCCAUCCCCGUCAACGAGCGCCCCGGCUGGAUGACCUACGACGACGCCUGGGUCGAGGAGUGCCGUCGCGGUCUCAAGGCCUGCAGAGUCUUCCUCUUCCUGCCCAUUUUCUUCCUGGCCUACAACCAGAUGACCAACAACCUGACCUCCCAGGCCGGUUCCAUGGUCCUCAACGGCGCCCCCAACGACGUCAUCCAGAACCUCAACCCUCUCUCCAUCAUCAUCAUGAUCCCCAUCCUGGACCACCUCGUCUACCCCGGUUUCCGCCGCAUGGGCUUCAACUUCACCCCCAUCAAGCGUAUGACCGCCGGCUUUGGCUUCGCCGCCGCCGCCAUGGUCGCCGCCGCCGUCAUGCAGCACUUCAUCUACCAGAAGUCCCCCUGCGGUGACCACGCCACCAUCUGCGAGGAGGGCGUCGCCGACAUCAACGUCUGGGCCCAGUGCCUGCCCUACAUCCUCAUCGGUCUCGCCGAGAUCUUCACCAACGUCACCUCGUACGAGUACGCCUUCUCCAAGGCCCCCGAGAACAUGAAGUCCCUCGUCAUGUCCGUCAACCUGUCCAUGAGCGCCUUCUCCGCCGCCAUCGGCCAGGCCUUCACCCCCAUGUCCGCCGACCCCCUCCUCGUCUGGAACUACGCCUGCGUCGCCAUCAUCUCCUUCGUCGGCGGCGUCGCCUUCUGGUUCUGCUUCAACCACCUCGACCAGGAGGAGGACCACCUCAACUCGCUCAAGAAGACAAAGUUCAUCGGCACCAACCAGCCCACCGCUGCCGCCCAGGACUCCAUCCACCCCCCUGUCCACCCCGUCGGCGACGACAAGGUCUAA